AUGUCUGCUCGUCAGCUCUCUCUCCGUCGCGGAAAGAAUGGACCCGUCCAAACGUUUUCUCGUGCCCGAGGAACCGAUGAAACUACUUCGGCUCUCCUCCGUCGUACCCUCCAGCCUGGCAUGAACAACAACCAUCGCCAGCAGGUGCUUGGGGAUCCCAGCAAUGCUUCCCAGUUUGCUUGCAUCUGGAAUACCAAGGUUGGAAUCCUCACCCGUCCCGUGAUCAUCACCCUUGACAAUGGAGACCCCGUUGUUGUUGGAGAUUUUACCGACACCAUUGGUGAGCCCUUCGCUGUGUCCCUCCCGGUUGAUGAGUUCUUUGGGUUUGUUGCCACUCUUGUCCGUGCUGGUGAUGCCGCGCAUUUCCGCUUGGGAGUGCACCCCACCUCCCCUGAUACUGUAGCCGGACCGCCGGUUGCUCCUCCUGGUGGAGUCCCUCCUCCUAGGCGCAACCGGCAGGACCCUCCAGUCCCUGUGGAAGCUACCCUUGGGCGCCUCAACUUCCCUGGCCUCC